AAGCUCUAGUGGAUUGCCGACCUCGAAAAGAAAUGGAGACAAUUGUUAUUCUCGUGUGCUACAAUGGAAAAUGGGUCACCUCGAAGAAGAUGUGCAAAUACGAAGGGGGUGACUCAAAAGGCUUAAUAGUUCCACGGACCAUCAAAUUUGCUGAACUGUUGGACCGUGUGCAUCAGAUUGGUAAUACAAACAGCAGGGAAGACAAGGUUUGCUUAAAAUUCUCAGUUUUGGUGGCCUCGAAUGAGUGGAAGCACAUAAAGAUUGAGGACGAUGAUGAUGUCAAUUUUUUUAUGAAGUACAAUUCCGAGGUAACACCUUCAAAACUAGCUCCCUUACUCGUGAGUAUAGAAGAUAAAGGACUGACAAAUGAUGUAGUUCAUAGUAUGCAUAUCACGACAGAUAGUAGUCGGAUGGGUCAUUCUUCAGUUGCCAUUGUUGAAAGCAAUGAAGUAACUUGGAAUAAUACAAAUGUCACUGAUGUGGGAGGUGAAGUAGGGACAGAUUUUAUGGAUAUGAUUGAUUUUAGCAAGGUGGAGGAGAUGCAUGGUGGUGAUAAUGGUACUGAAAGAAAUGAAGUGUCAGUGUACUCUGCCCCUCCUAAUUUGGGCUGCUUGAACACAGCUGCCCAGUUGCCAAUAAUGCGUUUAGGAGGAGAAUCUGAACCCACUCGUCAACAUUAUUGGAGUCAAAUGGGUGAACAAAAUCGGUACAAUGCAGCCGGUGUAAAUGAUGAAGAAGCAUAUUUGGACAGCAGGUUUUCACGAAGUGAUUGGAAUCCGAAAAUUACAGUUGGGCAAAUUUUCUCUAGUAAGAAAGCAUUGUUGACGGAGUUACGGUUGACGGCAUUAAGAGGCCACUUUGAAUUUAAGGUGCAAUUCUCUUGUAAAAACAAUAUUCCAUUGCGCAAUGUAUCUUAG